GGCGGCAGUUACUUUGAACAGAGCGUUGUUCAAAAACGAAACCAAAACAGUUCGCCCUAAGUUUCGUUUUAAAAUAAAAGGCAUCGUGACUGCAGAGAGACGCAGUCUGUGACUACAGUCAUCGCUGAUGGAGUCUGACCAUGGAUGAGGAGGCUGACCGUGGCGAUGAAAACGUGAACCUCGUCUUGGCCCAGGAAUCCUCGGAACUGCUCGCCAUACUUUGCCGCCAGUCACCUGCAGUCAUAAUGUCGCUGUGCCAGAUGAUGCCCGGUGAUGCUGGGUGGAACAUCACCAGUCCGCCCCCCUCUGCGGCAGCGCUGGCAGAACACGUCAAAGCCAUGCUGCAGUACUUCAGGGAGGCCAGUGCUGCAGAUUGCUGCAGCUUCCUUCAGAGCAUGUGUAUCUUGUGCGAGAACAUCCCCAUGCACCUGGAGUCGAGGCUCAUGUCAGUGGCUGGGUGUGCAAACAAUGUUUGUGAAAAUCCCAGUCCCAUUGUAAAGGAGGAGAAGUCGUCACCACCCUCAGAGCGGCAGCUCAUCAAACGCCCACGGAUCGACCACUGGGAGCAGUACAUUUUUGCGGCGAUGAAUUUAUUGACGAGGAGGUGGGAGCAACUCGGCGAUCGCCCGGUGAGAGAAGUGCCGCUAGAGAAUGUGUGGGUCGGCCUAAGAACGGCCAACAGAGGCAGGGACAGACCUGAUCAAACCCCGGGACCAGCAGACAGAGGGAGCAGAACACCAGAGCCUGAUGGGGAUUAUGGGUCUGCGGAGUCCAGAGUGACCUUGGAGACCUUCCUCCAGGGAUGUGUAGCAAAGGUGACAGUUCUCAUUGGCCAGUCUGGAUCAGGAAAAACUCUGCUGAUGUCUAAUUUAGGACAGCAGUGGGCAUGUGGACUAGGCCCUAUCCCGUCAUCCUUCCUGUUUGUCCUGCUGGAGUUUCGCCAGCUCAACUUGCUGUCCCAGCCUCUCUCCCUGUCUGAGCUGCUAUUCCGACACUACCUCCCUCCAAAAGGAGGUGAUGACGAAAAGUCAGCCGUUGUGGAAUACCUCCUUUCCAAUCCAGAGCAAAGCUGUUGGGUGCUGGAUGGCUAUGAUGAGUUUCACAGCAAACUCACCAGACAAGAGGGGCAGAAAGAGCUGCUGGACCCAGAAAGCCCUCUGCCUGUUGCAGACCUCAUCUCGGGGUUAUUAAAUCGUCAGCUCCUUCCAGGAUGCACCAUUGUGGUCACCUGUCGUCCACGCGAUGUCACUGAUCUGGACGGCAUACCAGAUAAAGUGGGGCAGCUGCUGGGGUGGGACUGCCAUGAUAUCAAGGAGUAUGUACACAACUUCUUUGGAGGAAAAGGUCACGCAGCAAACAGAGCUCUUGGGGUGCAAGCAGCCGACCUCCUUCUUUCCACUCGACACCUCCUUGCCAUGUCAUCCCUCCCUGUCCGCUGCUACAUCUGCUGCAUCUGUCUGGAGUAUUUACUGCUGGAAGGAAGAGACGCAGGAAUGGCAGAGAAACAGGAAGAAAGAGGGAGUGAAACAAGGGAAGAAGAAAGCGAAAAUGAAGAAAGAGUAGUACAGAUGCCAGGAGGAGGAAGAGGAAAAGAGGGCAGUACACGAGGGAACCAUGCACAGAGAGAAGAUCAAAAAGAAGCAAGAAGAGGGAGUGAAGCCAUAAUGAUGGAUGUGGCAAAUAGUAGAGCCCUGCUACCUCCAACCCUUACCCAGGUCUACCUCACUGGUCUCACUGCAUUUCUAAGCCGUGACCCUGAUAAAAGAAGAAGAAAAGACAUGCCAAAGACUGUGACACCUCAACAGAGUAUAGUGUGGCCGCUGAGUCAGAGUCGAUCGGAGCUGUGUGAGUUGAGUCAGCUGGCCUGGAGAGGCGUAGAGGGCAGCAAGAUCCUCUUCAUGGAAGAAGACAUUUCUCAGGAUGUUUUGAAGUUCUCAGUCCGGACAGGCCUCUUCUCAAAGGUGGAGCUCAGACGUGAGGACGGGACGCUCGUCAACUCCUACUGCUUCAUCCAUCUGACAGUGCAGGAGUUUUUGGCUGCGCUCAGAAUCAUGACCAGUCAGGAUGUUAGUGACAUGCAGCUCAAGAAGAGAUUCAGUCUGAAAACUCGCUGGACGACCAAGUCAGACCAGAGGACAGUCUUCACCGACUCCCUCCACCUGUAUGUGUGUGGUCUGGCUUCUCCACGCUGCACUCAAGCCUUAGUUCAAUUAGCCAGGGCUUCUGGUGGAACAGGAGGCCUGAACUGGGUCCAAACACGACAAGCCCUUGUUAGAAAACUGCUAAAAAACCUGUGUCACAGCAACACCCUGACUGGACCGAAGGUAUUGGAGCUUUGCCACUGUGUCCAGGAGAGCCAGGACCGCCAGCUGGCUCAGCAGGUGUUGGGUACAAGACCCACCCUGGAGCUGCGGAACAUCCGCCUAUUACCCAAUGAUAUUGAUGCUCUGGCUUUUGUAGUUAACUCAGUGGGUGAUAAUGGUAUCGGCCUGGACUUUGGAGCAUGCUCAAUAGAGUUGGAGUGUUUAGAUGUCCUACCAAGCUGUCAGUACAUUCACUACCUCUGUUUUCGCGGCCGUAAGUAUGGUGACAAGUUUGCUGAGAAGCUGUCCUCCAUUUUGCCAAAGUUCCCAACCCUGAGAAAACUAGAGUUUUGUGGUUCCAGUCUGACUGCCACAGGAGCAGUAUGUUUGGCCUCGGCUCUACAGAACUGUCCGGCUGUCACUGAAAUCAAUCUGAGCGACAACAAUCUGAAAGACGCAGGGAUCGAACACAUCGCCGAUGUUUUUACCAAACUACCAGGACUGCUCUCUGUAAUGCUGGGUCGAAACAACAGCUCUCUGAGAGCAGUGGACUGCCUCAUCGGGAAAAUGUCUUCAUGUUUGAACAUCCAGCACGUUCACGCAGAUGGGAUGAAGGAAGUGGCAGUAACUUUCUCCCAAAACUCUGAUUUGAAUGGUUAUAAAACUAAGUCUGAGCCAAGAGUCAGCUUGUUGAACCAGAAGUGGAGCACGCCUGAGAUGCAUAAACUUGCAGAGUCACUGGCACGUGUCCCCGCCUUGUCCGUCCUGGACCUGUCUGGAGGCCAGUGGGAUGUGGAAACUCUGAGGAUGCUCACUCAGUUUUUGCCAAGGUUCAACAUGACAGAAAAGAUCAUUGUGAAUGACAGCUGCUCUUCAGUGGAGGAUUUGGUGAUCCUGACUGCUCUGCUGCCUGACUGCCCUGCUGUGAUGGAGCUUCAUAUCAGACUGCAGAGUCCUGCCCAGGUGUCUAUAGUGUUCUCUGGAGGGAGAGAAAAACCUGCAGAUGAAAGAUCUAAAAUGCUCUGUCUCAGCUGCUGUGGUCUGCUGCCUGCUGAUCUGGAGAGGGUGUGGAGGAGUUUGGGAACCUCCUCUGAUCUCACUUUGCUGGAUCUGUCCAGUAACUGUUUAGGCAACAAAGGUCUGGGGAAACUGUUGGAGGUCCUGCCUCAUCUGAGUAGCAUCCAGGAGAUCAAUGCCCAUAAUAACAGGAUCAGCAUGGAGGGAGUGGUGAUGCUGGCUGGUGCUUUGUGUUCCCAUAACAACUUAACACAGAUUCUCAUCAGUCACGGAGGCAGAGAGCAGGUGACCCUGAAGUUCUGCCCUGACAGAAGCGAUGACAAACAGCAGUUAAAGAUAUUCAGGAUAAACAACAGCAGCCUCCCGCCAUCUAAUGUAACCGCGCUGUGUAGAAGACUGGCCCAGUGUCACUCCGAUCUGGAGUUAGAUUUGUCCCACAGCUCACUGACGGACAAGGCUGUUGAGAAUCUGCUGAAGGUCCUGCCGAGGAUGAUGUCACUGCAGAGACUCAAUGUGAGCCACAGCAUCACAUCCACAGCUGCAGCGCUGCUGCUGGUCAGCUGUUGGACUGUUAGUCAGCGAGUCACGUCAGUGGAGCUCAGGCCUCAGACUGAAUCAUUCAUCUGUUUUGGACGUGUGAAAGCAGAACACACCAGCUGCAGGUUAACUCAUUUCAGUUUGAAUGGAGGUAACUUGGAGAGACUGCUUGAGAUCCUGCAGCAGGGUCCCCACCUGUCUGACCUGGAUUUAUCAAGUAACCAACUGGAAGAUGAAGGCGUGAAGCGUUUUGUCGAUUGUCUGCCAGAUCUUAAAAUCACCAGCUGCGUCAAUUUGAGCAACAAUAGCCUGACCCAGCGGGGACUGUUGGAUGUGGCCAGCGCGCUGUCUACCUGUGCUAACGUCUCUGAUGUAGAAGUCAGUUUGGGAGCCAGGGAGAGGUGUGUCGUCUGGUUUACACAGUAUGAAGGCUGUGAAAAAACUCUGAGCGUCAGAGAGAGUAGUUUGGAACGUGAACAUCUGGUCAGAUUAGCAGAGAUCGUGUCUGUCUGUCCCAGUCUGACCAAACUGGAGUUGAAGAACAAUAAGCUGCAGUCGGACUGGAUUGAAGACUUCGUGAAAGUGCUGAAGAGCAGUGAGAGAGGAUUCAGGGUCAGUAUUGAGGAGAGUUGGAUCAGAUCUGAGGAAGCUGUUAGUUUGGUGUGUCAAUGUCUGGACCUCAACAGCAACAUACGCACGAUCAUGGUUCACUACACCACGCUGCACCUGUCUUUGAUGAAGUCCACUGAACUGACUUCAGUCAGUGAUGACUCAGCAGAUCUGACUCCUUCGAUGCCCACAGAGAAAAUAGGCCUUGUGGACUGUGCAGUGGAGGGACACCAGCUUGCAUCUAUGACCAGAAUCAUCCAGAAGUGUCCUUUAUUGACAGAGUUGGAUUUUUCCCAAAACAGCCUGGGCCUAGAGGGAGCUGAGUUCCUCUGUUCUGUUCUACCCUCGCUGCCGCACCUCACGUCUCUCAGCAUCGGUUCCAAAGAGACGUGUGUGGUUGAGAAGCUCUCAGAGGCCUUGCUGCAGGUCACAGGCCUUCAGUGCUUAAAUCUAUCAGGUCAUGUGAUUGGUGACACAGCAGCUCAGAUUAUGACCACAGUGUUGCCCCGUCUGCGAUCGCUCAACCUUUCUCAUUGUGUCUGGUCAGCGGCUGCAGGGCUGCAGCUCAUCAAAGCCCUGGGGGAGUGUGUCAAUCUGGAAGGCCUUUGUCUGGACUCUUUGGAGCUGAAUGAGGAGAGCAGGGCGUGUCUGGCACAAUCAUUAAGGAAUAUCAACUCUGCUCGCAGUCUCAAGCUAAAUAAGAUUGGCACAGCAAUGGGACAAUCAAGAGUGAACGCUGUGUUAGAUCUCCUACCUGCUUUGGAGCGGCUCACAGGAAUGGAGGAGAUAGAGUUGGAGGGCUGGAGGAUGGCUGAUAUAGGAAUAGAGCUGCUGACGAGACUGCUUCCUGUCUGGACGGAGCUCAGGAAGAUCAGUCUCUCUAAGAACCUUAUCAGUGACCAAUCAGGAGACAAGCUACUGGAGGCUUUGAGCAGCUGUGGUCACCUGGAAGAGCUCCAUGUGUCUGGUAACGAUCUGGGUGACCUCACUGCUGCCAGGAUGGCUCUCGUCCUGCCAUCGCUGACCCACAUCACAGUGUUAGAUAUUUCAGAAAACCGUGUUGGAUUUGAAGGCUCAGUGAGUCUGUCCAAAGCAAUAAUAUGCAUGAAGAACCUCACCAAGAUUCAUCUGACCUCUGUUGGGACUUCAGAGCUGUGUGCUGUAGCUGCCAGUCUGGGCCACUGUCCCCUCAUACAGGAUGUGGGCCUGGGCUGGAAUAACUGUGGUGAUGACGUGGCAGAGGAGUUGGCCAGAGUCCUGCCUCUCUGCCCGAAGCUGACCAGGAUAGAUCUGGAGUCAAACAGUGUGACUGUCUCAGGGGCGGAGGCCCUGGUUCGAGCCUUACAGUCGUGUCCUGCUCUGCAGCUCAUCAGGCUGUGGAGGAACCAGGUCUCUCCCACUGAUGCCCACAGGCUCCAUCUGAAGGACUGGAGGCUGAAUUUCUCAUCCACCUAAUGUGGUCUGUAAUGGACGUGACAGUGAGAAGUAAAAAUUGCAGAGGUGACGCACUGCUACAGUAAAGUUGUACAGUUGUGUUUUCCCUGCAGUAGGACCAUGAGAAAGAACGAGGAAUCUCACAACAAAUAAUUCAUAUCUCCAUGUAACAUUUUGUGCUUUAAAACCCUUAAUCAGUUGUCUAUCUGAUGACUGCAGCAGCUGGUGUUUCCAAUCGUAUGAAGGGUAAUAAGACCACUGUGUGGUGCCCUAUAGGAGAAAACUCAUGUAGAUGCACAGAGUGUAACUAUGUAUACUAUGUUUUUUAAUCAUAAGAACUGCUUGAGGUAAAGAUGCAUGUUUCAAAUGUAUAAUUCUGUGAAAGAAAACUUGUAGUUUUCAGCCUAUUUGAAUGCUUGAAUACACACGUGUUGGCCUCUAGCGUCGCCACGGUCAACUGGCGUAACCAGCUGACGGCGACCCUUUCUCGAUGAACCGCGCUGGGUGCGGCGAUCCUAACGUGGGUGCUCAGGUGUUGAACCGUAACUAGUCACAUCAGCACCUGUGACGGUCAGCUGGCGGACUGUUAUCUGUACAGCCUCUGGACAGGCCACACAGACAGCUGUCUGCAAGGUACACUGACAUCAAAUGAGAAAAAUGUCUCACUGUUCAGUCACUACAGAACGUGCUACUAUGUAUGAGAAAUCAAAACAAAGAGAGUUAGAUAAGGUGUCUUCCUGGUGAACUGAAAUACUGUGAUGAGGCUGAUCAGCCGCAGCUUUUCAGUCUUGUUACUGUUCCUGCACUUUCUGCCAGCCCACACCUCCGCGACCCUAGAGGCCAGAGGUGAUGUGGAGGACUCCUUUGUUUCCAGAAAGGUUUCCUUUUGAUGAAAUUGACUUUGAUACUAUGUUCACUUUGCACUAUGAUGUGUUUACAAUAACUAGAGGCCACAUGCUUGAAAACACAACAAGUCACAAACUCACAGUAAAAGAAGAGCUGAGAGGACGAGCCCUGCUCUGCUGUUUGCUCUCACACUCAUUUUAGGUUGUGGUCUCUAUCCAAUUUGCGUAUUUAUUUCUGCUGUUAUCAUGUAGAGAAAGCAUCAGUUUUUUAAGUUUAUUUAGCCAUAAUGUCUUUCAGAUUUCUACAUAAUUAUAUUAUAGAUGAUGAUAAUUAGAUUGAACAAGGCACAUUGUGUAUAUUUAAUGGCAGAAAAGGGGACAAUUACAGAUCUCACCACUGUUAUCUCUCUACGUUCUCACAUUCAUGGACUCAUUCUGAAACGAAUGCAGCGUAUUUCCUCUCCCAUUCCUCUGUGUAUUGUUGUCAAGCUUUUGCAGUUCAUUCAGCUUCAUUGUAAUCUCUACAAAGGCUUUGGUUUUAAUUAGCACAGAGGUGUUCUGUGCUAUCUGUGAAACGAGGUUUUGCUCUUUAAGGUUUGUGUUCAGGUUGAGGUUUGAGUUCUCAGGUGACGGAUUUCAUAUUCAUUCAUUCUGACUUGCACUGAGAUGUCAGUUGAGAAUAAAACAAAGACUACCUUGA